AGGGCGGGGACUCCGCCACCCGGGACAGCCACCAGAGCUCUGCCCGUGUGUGCCAGGGAGCCGCAGGGACAGCAGCUGUCAGUGCCCUGGACACAGACAACAACAGAUUGAGCAGAUCUGGGCAGGAUGGCAACAGUCAAGGGUGUCUCAUCUUUCAGUGCUGAGCAAGAAGCACAGGCUCUAAGGAAGGCCAUGAAGGGCCUUGGCACGGAUGAAGAUGCCAUCAUUGAGACCUUGACCAAGCUGAACGUUUCCCAGCGCCAGCAAGUUCUGAUCACCUAUAAAAGCACUAUUGGCAGGGAUUUGAUUGAUGACUUGAAGUCUGAGCUGAGUGGGAAUUUUGAAAGGGUGAUCAUUGGUUUGAUGACUCCUACCACCAUGUAUGACGUGCAUGAACUGAGGAGGGCUCUAAAGGGAGCAGGGACAGAUGAAGGCUGCCUGAUUGAAAUCCUGGCGUCUCGCACCAACGCCGAGAUCCGGCACAUCAAUGAGAACUACAAAAUCCAGUAUGGGUCCACCCUGGAGGACGACAUCGUCUCUGACACCUCGUCCCUGUUCCGCAGGGUGCUCGUGUCCCUGGCCACGGGUAACAGAGAUGAGGGAACAUUCGUGGAUGAGGCCCUUGCUCAACAAGAUGCUCAGGUGCUGUAUGAAGCUGGGGAGAAGAAAUGGGGAACAGAUGAGGUGAAGUUCUUGUCCAUCCUCUGCACAAGGAACAGGUGCCACCUGCUCAGAGUUUUUGAUGUGUACAGAGUGAUUGCUAAUAAGGACAUCACAGACAGCAUUAAAUCCGAGAUGUCAGGAGACCUUGAGGAUGCUUUGUUAGCUGUGGUAAAGUGCAUGAGGAACAAACCUGCUUAUUUUGCUGAAAGAUUGUACAAAUCCAUGAAGGGCCUGGGCACUGAUGACAGCACGCUGAUCCGGGUGAUGGUGUCCCGUGCUGAGAUAGACAUGCUCUACAUCAGGAGGGAGUUCCUGGCCAUGUAUGGAAAAUCACUCCACUCCUUCAUCAAGGGAGACUGCUCAGGGGACUACAGGAAGGUCCUGCUCAGGCUGUGUGGUGGGGAGGACUAAGGCGGCCUGGGGAACCUGCUGGGUCAUGGCAAGCAGCUGAUCAUAGAAUGGUUUAGGUUCUUAAAAGACCUUUAAGAUCAUCGAGCCCAAUCAUGAUAAAGAUUUCUUUCUUUUUUUUUUUUUUUCCUUUUUUCUCCCAAAUGCCUUAUUAAUUACUGUGAUUAUUGACUUAGGUUAGUUCAUGUUGUGGUUAGGUAGUGGCCAUUCUGGCUGACCCUUUUGAUACACUUUUAUGCUUGGAACACCCAUUUGCCUCCUAACUGGGCUGGCGAAGCCCAGCUUACACAGAAUGCUGUAACCAAAGGUAUAAAAGCUGUGUCCUGAGCAGCUGCCCCUCUGCUGUUGUGCUCACCAGCAAAAUGCACCAACUAAAGCAAACCUGAGAGUGAGAGGCUGCACAGGGAAAAGCCAGCCUCAAUGGAGACUGCAGAACAUGGGUCUGCUCCAGUUGUUCAGUAGAAUUAAAACACAAAGAAACCAAAUAUCUAAAAUACAAACGCGUUUACAUAUUAACCUGCCUCUGUUAGUGUGGAGCAUUAACAGCCUGGCUGUGCUGUGUGUAUAUGUUGCCUGUAAGUGGGGAAUUGUCACUGGUGACAUGAGGAAAACCUUGUUCUGCCCUGGAGAGAGCAGUCCUGUGUUUUUUGGUCUGUCUGCUGGAUCAUGGGAGUAUAAAUAAUUAUACUGCAGAGGUGCUGCCUGGGGUGGGUUUCAGUGCCUUGGGUCUGGCUGGGUUUCAGAGCAUUGGAAAAUGAAUAAAGAAUUUGUUUCUGUAUUUCCCAUUGCGAUGGUGUGUUCUGGGGGGGGACACAGCAAGAACUCGUUUUGUCCAGAGAUCCUGGAUGGGGAGUGGCUGCAGCGCUGCUUUUUGUGCUAAUUCAUCCACAUUCUCUUAGUCUUUGUAUCCUUUUCCUCCUGUAAGGACUAUACAACACAUAAACUCAAUCUUUGUCUCUUCUUUAUCU